GUUAUGUAACAAUAUAUGAAGCAACACCAUAUCUGUAGUGAGCUAUGAUUCUGCCCACUUAUUUCUGGUCCGUGAUAGACAAGACAGCUAGAGCUGCUGGGUGAAUCCCCGGCCCUCCUACAGCAGUAGCCAUGCCGUGGCCCUUGGUUCUGAUCGCUACCAUCAUAGCAACAGGAUCUUGUGGUCUGACCAACACACAACCGCCUGGAGAAGGGGUUGCUGCUGCAGAGGAUACAGAUGCUCCUGAGGUCGAAGCAUCCGUCUACGGCAAGGAUACUAACACUUCUACUGAUGAUCUGGAUGAGAGGGAACUCGAUCCUGUUACUUUAAACUCCAACAACAGUUUCUCUGAUAGCGGUUAUUUAAUUAACGGCACUUCCAGUAACGAGGUUUCAAGUAUGGAAUCUUCCACAAACGAAGUGUCAAGUAAUAGUUCCUUGAAGGAGAGCAUUUCCAAAGAGUCGUCUGACGUCCAAGCACAUUUAUUGGCUGCCAAAUGCAUGGGGUCACUUCUAUUGUUCUACUUUGUAACCUGCCUAUACCUGGCUUCAAGGGCUGGGCCUCUUGUCGUACACUAAUCACACGAUCUAUCCGAAAUUCCCUUUAGUACCGAUAUCACAGUUAUAAGAAAUUAGAAAUAUUCGUUUCAAAAAUUUCAAAAAAGAUGUAUUUUUAUGACAGCUUUUUAACUACCAAUUAAAUUUAUCCUAAGUAUUUAAUUCUAAUUAUUUAUAAAUAAUAUAUACGCAAUAAAAACUUUAAAAAUGUA